UCAUUUUGUGACAGCCCGAUGGCUAAAGAAGUUCGGAUCGGGAACAAAUUUAAGUGCACGUUCGUGGUUUAUUCAUUAGAAAUGAUAACAGAGCCAGGAAUAUUCUUAUUUAGGGGUAUUCUCUUCAACUGCGUGUUAGUAGCGUCGUGUAUGUGGUCAAAUGAAGAACAUGGAUUUUCGAAUUUGUUACAGCCAUUCGCUGUAUAAAACCCUCGUUUUUUGCUGCCUUUUGUCCAUCGUGGUUUAUGUAAUAUAUCUAUCGAAAACGUCUUCGAAUGACAAUAGUGAAAUUUAUCCGCCUACAACGCGCUUUUCGCGAGUUUCGAAAAAGACUGAGCCGCAGAAAUUCUAUGUGAAAACAUCCAAGUGCCGUAUACCCUAUGUGGAUCCUUUCAAUGACGAAGCUAUGAAGUUAUACAAACCACAAACACUAGUCACCUGCUCUAAUGAGACCGAUCUCAUAUCGACAAAAUACAAUAAAGUUAUUAAGCGGCAUGUUUUGCAUAUUGACGACGAAGUCGCUCAAAAACUGCUUAAUUUCACAGACGCCGAAUACAAUUGCUUCUACCGCGAAAUCAAAUACGGAAAUCAUGCAGAUACCUACGACAAUCUUAAGGGCAAAAAGUAUUUCACGAGUGGUUACGAGGUGCCAGUCCAUGUGGAGGGAAUGAUCGUCGAGUGCCAGACUGCUGAGGAUCCGAUAGUUGUCCUCCAGAAGGACGCCUUCACCUUUGUCCAGCACCGGCCGUUGCCCAAGGACCUCAAAAAGUCCAGGGCAGCUCGAAAGCCAAGUGUGAUAAUGUACGGUAUUGACUCCCUUUCCCGGAUAAACUUUCGCCGCACUAUGCCCAAAGUUUUUCACUUUCUACAAGGCCCAGGAUGGUACGAGAUGCAAGGAUACAACAAGGUGGCCGACAACUCGUUUCCCAAUAUACUCGCUAUUCUCAGUGGAUAUUCGGCCGGUACGGCCAAGGAACAUGUUUGCGAUACUGAUAAUGAAGGCUGUUUGGACGAGAUGCCAAUGAUAUGGAAGUAUUUCAAGAACGCCAGCUAUUUGACUGGAUACGCGGAGGAUGAAAGUAACUCGAAUCAUUUCAAUUACCUAAAGCCCGGCUUCUCCAAGAAGCCGAUGGACUAUUACUUUCGACCUAUGCUUAGGGCACUGGAGUCCGAAAUGGAUGUGUACCGAUUGCCGGAACAUGACUACAUGCGAUACUGUCUGGGGCGCAGGAUAGCGAAUCGUUAUAUCUACGACUAUGGCCUACAGUUCACGCAACGUUUUGUCCACGAUCGACCCAUUUGGGGAAUGUUCUGGUCAAAUCACUUCAGUCACGACGAUCCAUUUAUGCCUUCGUCCAUGCAGGAAAAGGUUCUGGGAGAUCUGCUAGAUAUGCUUGAGGAUGGGGAUUUUGAGGAAAUGAUAAUGAUAUUUUUUGCCGACCAUGGUACCAGAUUUGGCGAGUUGACCCGUCUGAAGGAGGGCUUUCUGGAGGAGCGGCUUCCGAUGAUGUUUAUAUAUCUGCCGCCCUGGUUCCGUGAGACAUAUCCAUCUUAUGUGAGGGCACUGGAGUUAAAUCAGCACAGGCUUAGUUCCAACUUUGACCUCCACAAUACGCUGAAACAUAUCAUAGAGAUUGGGGGUACCCCAGAUGGUCGAGAGCUACCCAAGUCCUUCGACUGCCCCACCUGCCAGUCGCUGUUCUAUCCCCUGCCGGAGGGUCGUACCUGUUCGGAGGCGGGCAUUGAGGAGCACUGGUGCACCUGCGAACCCUUCAGGCUUAUAUCGGGGCAGGAUUGGACCACUCCUAUUGCCACCAGUGUGAUCGAUCGAAUGAACGAGUAUUUCGUUCAAAAGAACCUAACCAGCCUCUGCAGCAAUCUGACGCUAAGCUAUAUCCAUAAGACUGAGAUAAAAACGGGUCUGGACAGUGAUUGGCACCAAGAACUGAAGGAAACAGAAACUGCCGUUUAUCGUAUUAAGUUCAAAGUGAAACAGAACAGUGCUGACUUCCAAGCCACAGUGGUCUACCAUAAUUCCACCCAAUAUGCUGAAGUAAAUGUGGAGAAAAUCAGCAGAACGAAUUCCUACAAAGAGGACUCCACAUGCAUCGAUGAUAAGAUCGCAAAACUAUAUUGUAUCUGCUUCAGUGCCCUCAGUCACUGAUAAUACCGUGACUAGUACAGUUUCUUAAAUAGCUAAUAAAGUUUAAACUAGUUGUAAAACCUUUA